UUUGGUAUUCCCAGAACGGUCUUUUUAGUUCCAACACGUGCUGAUAGUUUUAGUUAAAAUUAUUAACUAAAAACACCGGAAAAUGGCAACCUCGAAGCGCCAGCAGCCGCUGCUGUACAUGGAGGAGUACCGGGUCAAACAGGAUCCACAGGACUACGGACUGGCGGACGAUGUGUUUUCCAUUGAUUCGUUCAAGGAGAAUCUGCAAAUAAGCAUCGUAAAGAACGAUGAGGAGGGCCUGGAGUUCGAUCUGAUUGGUGUUUAUCCGGCCAUUGCCAAUGCCUUCCGCCGACUGAUGCUCAGCGAUGUGCCCAGCAUGGCCAUCGAAAAGGUGUACAUAUACAACAACACUUCUAUCAUUCAGGACGAGGUGCUGGCCCAUCGGAUGGGCCUGCUGCCGCUGCGAGCUGAUCCCCGGCUUUUUGCCUAUCGCACGGAGGAGAGCACCGAGGCUGGCACCGAGCAGGAUACCCUGGAAUACGAGCUGAAGGUGAAGUGCACGCGGCGUCGCGAUGCUGGCAAGGAUCAGUCGAACUUCGAUGACAUCUACAAGAACCACAAGGUCUACUCGGGUCAUCUGAAGUGGCUGCCGAAGGGAAAGCAGGCGCAGAUCUACAGCGAGAGCGCGGUGAACUGCAUCCACGACGACAUACUGAUUGCCCAACUCCGGCCGGGUCACGAGCUGGAUCUGCGCCUCGUGGCGGUCAAGGGUCUCGGCCGGGAUCACGCCAAGUUCUCGCCUGUGGCCACGGCAACUUAUCGACUGCUGCCGCAAAUCACGCUGAAUCGCGAGGUUACCGGCAAGGAUGCGUACCUCCUGCAGAGCUGCUUCUCGCCGGGAGUCAUUGGCAUCGAUGAGAACGAGACCGCCUAUGUGAAGGAUGCUCGCUACGACACCUGCAGCCGGAACGUCUAUCGCUAUCCCCAGCUGAACGGUGCGGUGACCUUGGCCCGCGUCCGAGAUCACUACAUCUUCUCGAUCGAGUCGGUGGGGGCACUGAAGCCCGAUGUCAUCUUCCUGGAGGCUGUCAAGGUGCUGAAGAAGAAGUGCCGGGCGCUUAUAGACGAAAUAGAGUCGGAAUAGUAAUUUAUUUAGUUGUUAAAAAGAUUAUUCUAUGUACAUAAGACAACGUAAAUUGAUAUAAAAUCUAAGCCUAA